ACAAAAUGAAGUGACGGAAAGACAGGAUCACAGAUAUGGGAGGGAGCACAGAGCAGACGGUGAUGACACUGCCCAGGAUUCCUCCGGUGCCUCAACGUCCAGCUAUGAUCUUCUUGGAGGUUUACCAGAUACGCUCUCAAGUCAAUUAAAUAUUUCAAGACGCAAGAAAUCCAAAUACGAAAAAUUUACCGAAUCUUUGUCAAAUCCAUCCCAAAGUGCUUACUUUACAAUGGGCGUGAGUGCCGAGACUUCCUGUGCCGUCACGGAGCUGGUUCAGGGUACGUGGCAAAGCAAGAAAACGGGGCGCGGGCAAGACACACGAAACCUUGACCACACCUAUAUUGUGGUUAAGAAAGUCGAGGCCAUCAUUAACGAAGGUUUGCUAGAGCGUUAUAAAACUACAAAGAGGCAGCAUCGCUUACGUCAAACACAGGGCCGCUUAAAACCUUAUUAUUACGUGGAUCCCACAAUGAAAAAGCCCAUGACUGUCGAGACCGAAUCCUCUGUAUUAGAUACACUAAAUGAGGACAUCAAUGAACAGUACUUAUUUCACGGAACAAAGAGCGCAUAUAUCCCAUCUAUUUGCGCUAUGGGACCAGAUUUCAGGAUUGCUCGCAAGGGAAUGUUUGGUCGAGCAAUUUAUUUGUCAGAGAGCGCGACCAAAGCGGAUCAGUACGCAGACGAGAUGGACAGUAGACGAACGGAGGACCUCCAAAUCCUGAUUUACCGCGUUCUUCUCGGCAAUGUCUACUACUGCGAGGAACAACAGACAUUUAGGAGACCGCCGUGCGUCUGUGGGGAGAAGAUUUGCCGUGAUCAUCACGAGACCUUCGACUCCGUGAUAGGUGAUACCAGGAAGUUAUUCCGGGAAUUUCUUCUGUUCACGGCGGAACAGUGUUACCCGGAAUACAUCGUGACCUAUGACCGCAUUGACCAAUUCCAGGCCAGAGCCGUGCCUCAACUGCCGGUGACGUCACUAUGUCUGAGAGCUGCUGAUCCUUCUCUGUUCAUGGAGGAAGCUUACAAGGACGAUGUCUACCAAAAUUGUGGCCUGCCUCGUGGACGCGCUGUCAUCGUCAACAACAUCAAUUUCCAGCACCACGAGAAGAGAGACGGGUCAGAGAUGGACUGUAAGGCGUUGGUAGAGCUGAUGGAACAGAUGAGUUAUACCGUUAUUGUGCAUAAUGAUCUGACUGCACAGGGGAUAUUUGAUGUGAUGGAAUCUGAAAGCAAACAACUUAGCCACUGGACUAGUGAUUCCUUCAUCGUGUUCAUUCUGAGUCACGGUAUGAGUAACGCUGUAUAUGGGACAGAUGGCUACAGCUUGCCCUACAGUAUGAUGUAUAUGCACUUUACCACCGACAGCUGCCCCGCCCUGGCGGGAAAACCAAAAAUGUUUUUUAUUCAGGCUUGCCAAGGAACAAAGAAAGACAGUAGAGCCGCGGGAGGAUCCGUCCCUCUAACAAUGAGACAAGAUGGCGGCCAGUCUGAUUCUGUGCGGGCGCGUUGCAAUGAAAGCGAGUCCAAAUUUGGUGCUAACAUGUGUGACAUCGCCGUUGCCACGGCAACCACUCCAGACUACGUGUCCUGGCGAAAUAAGGAGAACGGUUCCUGGUUCAUCAACGCCAUUGUCAGAGUGUUCAGUGAGGAGGCGAGGAGUAAACACUUCCUGGAGCUUUUCACUUCGGUGAACAGCUGGGUUGCCAGUAUGAAGACCCAAGGUCAAGGUCAGUACCAGCAGGUGUCCAGCAUGGAAACCAUGUCCUUCACCAAACGGUUUUACUUCUGGCCCCGCCUCUGUAUAGUAAAUGGUGAGCUCCAGGAGUUGGACUAG